GCAAACCUUAUCCAUCAGUGUCGCUCUCGCUACAGAGCAUAAACGAAGACAGCAGGGGAUAAUCUUAUCUCUGCCAUUUACCCAGAAUUCGUCGAUCAUCAUCUUCUUCUCCUUCUUCUUCUUCCUCCGAAUUCCUCCGUUUCCAUGUCGACCUCGUCGCUGUCCAUGGCCGCGGCUGCUCCUCCGUCGCUCGGCCACAAGGCCCCCUCCUCUGCUCUCUUCCUCGCCCCUCCCCGCGCCUCGCUUCCCUCCCACUUCCCGCCAAAGCCCCCCGCCCUCUGCCUCCUCCUCGCCCUCAAAUCCUCGGCCCCUGUUUUCGGCUCUGCGAAACUCCCUCGCCAACCCCUUCUUUCGGCCGCGUUCGACGGGUUCGAAGCCGAAGACGGCGCCGCCGGGUCGGAGGAAGAGGACCCAGAAGAGGCGGAGGAGCUGCUCGAGAGCGCGGGCGAAGAAGAGGAGGAGGGGGAGGGAGAGGAGAUCGGGGAGGAGAAGAGAGUCUCGGGUUCUUCGGGUGGGAGGUUGUACGUUGGGAACUUGCCUUAUUCCAUGAAUUCUUCCCAGUUGGCUGAGGUCUUUGAGGAGGCCGGGCGGGUGAUAAACGUGGAGGUUGUUUAUGAUCGAGUGACGGAUAGGAGCAGGGGCUUCGCGUUUGUUACCAUGGGGAGUGUGGAAGAAGCUCAGGAGGCUAUUCGGAUGUUCGAUGGAUCUCAAGUUGGCGGCAGAACAGUCAAGGUAAACUUCCCUGAAGUGCCAAAAGGAGGUGAAAGGGAAGUAAUGGGGCCGAGGAUCAGAAAUAGCAACCGCGGCUUUGUGGAUAGCCCCCACAAACUCUAUGCAGGAAACCUUGGGUGGGGCCUCACUUCCGAAGGUCUCAGAGAUGCAUUCGCCAACCAGCCAGGCCUGUUGAGUGCAAAGGUUAUAUAUGACCGCAAUUCUGGAAAAUCCCGAGGAUUUGGAUUUAUCUCCUUUGAAUCUGCAGAGGCUGUGGAGUCGGCUUUGGAUGCCAUGAACGGAGUGGAGGUGGAAGGGCGGCCCUUACGAUUAAAUUUGGCAGCGGACAGAGCAUCUCCUGCUUCUCUGAACAGAAAUGCUGCAAACAAUCUCGACAGCAGCGAAUUGCUUUCCAGCAUCAGCAGCUGAGCAAAUUUGACAAGUUUUGGCUUCCAAAUACCUGUAGAGUACUGAGGCAGCACGAGAGGAAUUGGAGGAGAGGACUGUGGAGAUCCUUGUCUAAUGCUUAGCCCUGUAACUCUACAACUCAGCCACUUUGCCAAACUCAAGUUCUCUGUGCCGGGGCAUUCAAAGAUGAUGGUGAAUAUAAAGCUCGGUGGCCCUAGAGAUUACUUGAUUUUUGGAUGUACGUACACUAUAGUUAUAUGCGCGGAUAGUCUGCUAUGAUGUUGCCGGAUUGUGAGCGGUCCUGCAUAGUUUUGGUGUUGAGCAGUUAAAUGAAAGUAUUGACUAAUUGUUCUCAACAGUUGAACACUUAGUUUUGAGAAUGAAACUUCAACCGAAUCUAUUUAUUUUAAGAGAGAAAGAUGUGCAUUUGGAGGCUUGGA